AUGCGGUUGAUCAUCCGAGACGACGCCCUCGCGGCCAGCUCCUACGUCGCCAGCUACAUCGUCGACCGCAUCAAGGCCUUCAACCCAUCUCCCGAGAACCCCUUUGUCCUCGGCCUGCCCACCGGCUCCAGCCCCCAGGGCGUCUACCGGAUCCUCGUCGACAAGUACAAGGCCGGCGAGAUCUCGUUUGAAAAUGUCGUCACCUUCAACAUGGACGAGUACGUCGGCAUCCCCCGAGACCACCCCGAGUCGUACCACUCCUUCAUGUGGAAGCACUUCUUCGCCCACGUAAACAUCCACCCGUCCAACGUGCACAUUCUCGACGGCAACGCCCCCAACCUCGAGGCCGAGUGCGUCGCCUACGAGGACGCCGUCAAGGCCGCCGGCGGCAUCGACCUCUUCCUCGCCGGCAUCGGCGAGGACGGCCACGUCGCCUUCAACGAGCCCGGCUCCAGCCUCGCCAGCCGCACCCGCGUCAAGACGCUCGCCUACGACACCAUCCUCGCCAACUCGCGCUUCUUUGACGGCGACGUCGACAAGGUGCCCCGCAUGGCCCUCACCGUCGGCGUCCAGACCGUCCUCGAGGCCAGGGAGGUCGUCGUCAUCAUCCUCGGCCAGCGCAAGUCGCUCGCCCUGCAGCGCUGCAUCGAGCAGGGCGUCAACCACAUGUGGACCCUCUCCAGCCUCCAGCUGCAUCCCCAUCCCAUGAUUGUCGUCGACGAGGAUGCCACCCUCGAGCUCCAGGUCAAGACGGUCAAGUACUUCAAGAGCAUCGAAAAGGUGGCCCGCGAGGCUGGCUUCGAACAGAUCCUGCCCUCCAAGGUCCGCACCGGCAACGGGCCCGUGCCAAGGACAAAGGUCGACGAGGUUUCCUCUCCUACCAUUCUCUCUCCACAGCCCACGACCUCGCGGCUGCUUCGCGCCACCCCAGCCACCGAGUAUCCCAUCCGCUCCGUGUCGCCGGACCUCGUUCCGGACCGCAUGGCCUCACGCAUCCCCGAGCCGGGCCUCAGCACGAGGCUAACACCCAACCCGGAGCAGCAGGUCACGCGGCACCCCAACGCCAUCAGCGUGUGA